UGCACAAUGGCUCUUGUCGUACUUCUCUUUGCUUUUGGUGUGCUGCAUUCAUGGGAAACACAAGGGUCCACAGCUGUGACUCCUGUGUUUGUGAAGCUGGGAGAUGAUGUACUUCUGGAAGUCAAGAAACCUGUUGUACUCACUGAGGAGGAAGAUUUUUUUUGGAAAUUCAAUACCAGUUACUCUAUAGUAAAAUUACCAUAUGAAAGCAAAAAAAUAAUCUAUAAAAAAUACUCACAACGGGCUGAGUUGUCUGAUCAAAAUCACUCUUUGCUAUUAAAGAAUCUAACACAGGCCGAUAGUGGACGUUAUGUUGCACUAGUGACUAGUGCAAAAGACAGAAUCAUAGCUGAAUACAAGGUCAUAGUCCAAAAUCCAGUGUCUCCAGUUAACCUGUCAGUGGACUCUGUCUCUAACAGCACAGAGUCUUGUAACCUCACUGUGACCUGCAGUACACAGGACCCUAACAUCAGCAGCACUUUUAGAUGUGACACCCAAACCUGCAAUCAGAUGGAAGGAGAGCAACCAGAGGUCUCAACCUCUGGCUCUUCUCUCCAUGUCUACUUGCUGAAUGACUCCAUCAUCUGUAACCACAGCAACGAGGUCAGCUGGGAAGAAGACAUGAAGGAGAUUUGGGAUUUCUGCCCUCUAAAUGCUGUUUCUGAUCCUGGCCAAAUAAUAGCCAUUGGGAUCGGGAUCGCAGUUUUCCUUUGCCUUCUUAUUUGUGGCCUUUCCAUCAUAUGCCAACAGAAAAGAAAAAAGACCUGCAAAAUUACAUGUGACGUUCCUCAGAACAUCAAUCCAGCCCAAAGACCUAAUCAGAAUGCCACAGAAGAUGCUUCAGGUCUUUCUCCACAGUCCACCUAUGCUUUGGUAGAAUUUCCAACUAGACCCACAGGAUCCAAUGAGACUAACACCCUGCCAGAGACCAUUUAUGCUCAAGUUAACAAAGCUCCAAAGUCCACCCAUCAUCCUGAACUGAAAAACACCAAUAAUGUGUAUUCACAGGACUUAAUCACGGUGUGUCAUGAUGUAUUCUAAGUCUGGC